AUGCCCCUGUCGAGUCGCGCGACGGAGAACGGCGACGGGCCACAGAACGCCGCGGGUCGUCUUGACGAGCGGGAGAGCGUCGCGUUGAGGAGAGCGGUGUUGUCGUCCAGGGGAAGAGUGAGUCGCGCGAUUAAGAGCUCCAAAGGGAAGGCCGUCGCGUACGCGGACAACGUGGUUCCCGCCGAGCUCCGUCGUCUUCUCGAGCGCGAGCUCGACGUCAUGGCGGAGCGACCCGACGCGGACUUCCAGCCGGGGUCGCAAGGCAGGGUACAAAACCUCAUCAAUCCCUCGAUGUAUCCCUACAUUCGUGGUACGAGCCACCUCCGCGACCGGGGCGCCGGCUUCGAGGUCGCGAGCCCGGACUCCCCAGCCCCAGGCUCGUCGUGGACUUACCAGUGCCUGCCGUCGCAGAUCUUCGUGGACGCUGAGGGCGACGCGACAAUCCGGUCGUACGUGAACAACGUCGACCGGGAGUCGACCGGAGACCUGUACAAUACCAUGGAGCUCUUGUUCGCCCUCUUCGUGCCGAUGUUCGAAAGCGUUCUGAAGAAGAAACUGCGUUCCCGGGAGUUGCAGGUCAUCGUCAAAGCCGUCAACUACGUGAUCCAACCCGAGGGCAGAUCGUACGAAGGAGGCUGGCACAUGGAAGGCAUGGAGCACGAGCACAUCGUCGCGGCCGGGAUGUACUACUACUCCACCUCGCCGUGCCUGCAGGACGUCGGGUUGAAAUUUCGGCCAAUGUCCUCGCCGCCGCCGACGACGACGACGACCGCCAACUCCGAUCGCCUCCGCCUACUGGUCGAGACGGUGGAGGUCAUGCGAAUGCUGCGAACUUCCACCAGAGAGAUUCGCCGGUACGUGAGGAGCAGGCCGGCGCGGCAACCGACUCCCGGCGACGAGAUCAUGCGAUUCGACGGAGUGGACGCCCGGCGGAUGCGCUACCAGCCCGCCGACGCGAGGGCGCCCGGCGAGUUCGUGAUCCCGACGAGGGAAAAUCGGCUGCUGGUGUUCGCGAACGAGAUCCGGCACAAGGUCGGCUCGCUCGUCAACACCGGCGCCAGCACCGGCGUCCGCAAGACGUUCAUGUUCUUCCUCGUCGACCCCGGCGCGACCAUCGUGUCGACGCGCGACGUCCCCGCGCAGCAGUGGGAACGCGUGCGCCUGCGCCAGGCGGCCGCUCUCCGCGCGGCCAGCGGCUUACCGGACGAGAUUCUGAGCAACAUCGUCGCCCGUGCCAAGAGCGGCUUCACGUCGGCCGAGGCCCGCGCCCACCGUCUGCGCUUUCUGCGGGAGCGGAUGGUCUUCGUGGACGACGACAGCGCCGACGACGACGACGGCGCUCUCGACGGUUGA